AUGUAUGCUCUUUCCCUUGACUGGUGUUGGAAAGGUUUCAUGUUACACUUCUUCUUUUGUUUUUUACACAAAUGGGUCGCUAGUCUUUUUGGUAAUCAUUUACAAAAUGUCAAAAUUUCGUGUACCUCAAUCUUUCUUUUAGUAAUCGAUAUUCCAAAAGAUUUGGCUUCAAUAUGGGUUUCUUUGAAUAACACCCAGCUUUUUAAUAAAAAGAAGACCGACCAGUUGGUUAAAAAAAUUGUUGGAAAAUCCGAAUUUUUCUUAUUAAAUGAUUUUAUGAAAACAUCAAAAAACAACACUUCCAAUUUAAAAAGUGGAGGAGUUAACUGUGAAGGUUAUUAUAACAAAUAUUGCUCAAGUUGUAUGAGUGGCAAAAUGAGUUGCAAACAAUGUGAAAAUGGGUAUAGCCCCAUGUAUGACACGACUAACAGCAAUAUCGUUCAAUGUGCAAACAUUUUGACAACAGGGCAGUAUUGGUGGUGUGGCGCCACAACAAAAAUAUGGUUGACACAAAUGGGAAAUGCGGGCGUUUGCUAUCAGUGCUCAAGCAAUUAUCCGUAUUAUUAUGAAAACAAUUGCCACAAAUGUCAACAAGGUUAUAAUUUCAAAAAUGGUAUUUGUAAUCAAUGUAAUGGGUGUUCGACUUGUUACAGUAAUGGGUGUAAAGAAGGUACGUGUUUAGAAAGUUUUUAUGGGAAACAAGUUUGGAAUAAUGAACAACAAUAUUUUGAAUAUCAAUGCAUUGCAUGUGGAGUAGGAUGUUCUUCUUGUACUUCUGAUGGUUGUUUGGCAUGUAAUACUGGGUUUUAUCUCAAAGAUGGAGUUUGUACAACAUGUCCCAACACUUGUUCUUUGUGUUCCACAACAAGUUCAGAGUGUAUACAAUGCCAGCAAAACUAUGUGUUCCAAAACCCCAAAACAGUCGAAUAA